GCGCAAUCAGUCCAUCAUUCUUUGGUGAAUCAAGCUGUUUGAAAGGUGACAUUGAAGUUGCAAACACAAUUCUCCCACUGCCUUCACACCCUAACCCUGCGCGGAACAACGUUUAAGAAAUACAUAGCAAGCGAUGAGUUCGGCAACAGGAAUUCCAACAUGCACCGGAAAGACCGUCUUGGUCACUGGCGCAGCUGGUACACUCGGCCAAGCGACUGCAAUCUCGUUUGCCGCCGCAGGGAUUGCCCGCCUCGCCAUCGUUGACAAUGUCAAUGUUUCGAUUACCCGUGAUAAGGUUCUCCAAGCAGCCUUGGACGUCGGUAAUCCGGCGCCCGAUGUUCUUGCUUUGACCAUCGAUGUCUGUGAUGCCGCGAGCGUCGAGUCAGGCGUGCGAGAGGUGGCCUCAACGUGGGAUCACGUCGACACUUUUGUCAACAUCGCAGCUUCUUCACCUCAACCCAUCAUCCCUCAGGGUAAUGGAACUGGGUUGAGAGAGGUGGAUGCCUGGUGGAAGACCUGGGAGGUCAACGCCAAGGGCAUCAGCCUUAUGACGAGGGCCCUACUGCCCCUCCUGUCGCGCGGGACAGAAAAGACGAUCGUGAAUGCGAUUCCUGUGUUCUCCGCGAAUCUCGCGGCGUAUGCGAGCGACAGUCAAUUGUCCGUGCUGGCAUCUACGCGGCUUUCUGAGUGCCUAAUGCUCGACUACGCGUACGAGGGCCUCUUGGUUUACUCUGUCAACCCAGAUAUUGAUCUGCAGGGAAGAGGGUCAGAGGCCCAGAGACUAGUCAUAAAUUCAGGAUGCGGCGAUGUCAUUGUUCAUCUGACCGACAAGCGGCGCGAUUGGCUGGCGGGGAGACAUGUCGGAAGCGUGGAGGACCUGCUUGAGCUAAAGGCCCGACAUGAAGACUUGGCUGGCAGUUUUCUCUUGAAUUACCGGCCUCCUAUUGAGAUAGUACCUUUGAAAGGCGAGGGAUUUCUACCAUCUUGGGUGUCUAGGAGGGGAAGAGUGCCUCGUAGUAGUUACUAAGCAUUUUGUUGGAAUAAUUAUGAUAGACACUAUUAUGGAAAC